UUAUAGAUAAUGAUAAAAAAAUUAAGAUAUGAUGUUAGGUCAGGAUAAACGAAAGGGUGUUAAAUCUGAUUUUUGGAGUGGAAAAAAUUUUUGUAUCGAAUAAAAAUUUAAGUUUAUUGUGAAUGUAAGUUGAGUAUUUCUUCCUGUUUUCAGUCCUGAGUUUCAGUUUUGUUUCUCACGGUUUGAUUCUGCUAACUUGUGUUUUUGGUUAGUCGAGGUGAUUUAUGUCUUAUGUUUCGUCAGUUCUUUUCGACAUCUAGUUGUGAAUAGUCGAUAGUUGUAUUUGUGAUUUUGAAGUGUUUGUUUUGUGUUUUUAAUUUUUUUAAUUAAAAUGGCUUCUUUUAAUUUUUCCGUCAUGGCGCAGGUGUUAGAUUAUGUUGAUCGGGGCAUUGUUAGUACGGAAAGUUUUCUGUUACUAAAAUUGACUGAGAUUGAGGACGCUCAGCGUUCUUCGUUUGAACGUGGAGAAAGAGGUGUACGGGUUGUAGUUACCCCUUGGCAGGAUGCGGAAUUGAGGGUGGUUUUUGGGCCUUGGCCUCUUUUACAUCAUCGUUUUUUUAAUGGAGGGGCACCUUUCGAGGAUGCUGUUUGGUAUCAGGAAUACCGCUGGUCUUGGGAGUUUAAAAAGUAUGAGUUUCGGACUUAUUGGGCUCCUUCAUCUUAUAUUAAUCCAACUUCCUGUGACGUACCCGAAGAUGAACCGAUGGAAGAGAUAAUAGGGAUUUUAGGUGUUAAUACUGUUUUUCGGUGAGUUUAUUUGUUUU